UGGCCUCCUGUCCACACUCCUGCCUGCUGUUCCUGACCAGUGUCAUCAUGCCUCGGGGUCAGAAGAGUAAGCUCCGGGCCUGUGAGAAACGCCACCAGGCCCGGAGUGAGAUUCAGUGUCUCCAGGAUGCUCAGGCCACUGCAGCGGCAGAAGAGGAGUCCACUCCUUCCUCCUCUCCUCAGCGUGAAGGUGUUACCCAGAGCCCGCCUGCUGCUGCUGGGUCAUCUAGCACUUCCCAGGGGCCUCGAGGAGCACCAACCACCACCACUGCUUCUGUAGGCGUUUCUUGCACUAGAUCUGAAGAAGCUUUCAACAACGGAGAAGAGGAUACAGCAAGCACCCACGAGGCCCUAGCCUCCACUGAGAGUUCAGGCACCGAUUUUUUGAGCGAGAAGGCUGUGUUGCUGGAGCAGUUCCUCCUGUACAAGUAUAAAAUGAAGCAGCCCACUAUGAAGGAAGACAUGCUGAAGAUUAUCAACCCAAACUACGAAGACCGAUUUGCUGAGAUUCUCAAGAUAGCCUCUGAGCACAUUGAGGCUAUCUUUGCGUUAGAAGUGAAGGAAGUCGACUCAACCAGUCCCUCCUACGGCCUUAUCAGCAAACUGAAGCUCCCCAACAAUGGGAGGGUGCGAGGUGGCAGGGGCUUGCCCAAGACCGGCCUCCUGAUGAAUAUCCUGGGUAUGAUCCUGAUAAAGGGCAACUGUGCCACUGAAGAGGAGAUCUGGAAAUUCCUGAGUAUGAUGCAAGUAUAUGCGGGGAGGAAGCACUACAUCUAUGGGGAGCCCAGGAAGCUCAUCACCAAAGAUUUGGUGAGGCUGAAGUACCUGGAGUACCGGCAGGUGCCCGACACUGAUCCUCCACGCUAUGAGUUCCUGUGGGGCCCAAAAGCCUAUGCUGAAACCAGCAAGAUGCAGGUCCUGGAAUUCUUGGCGAAAGUCCACGAUACCAUCCCCAAUAUCUUCCCAUCUUAUUAUGCAGAAUUUUUGCAAGGUGGAGAAAGCCAAAGCCAUAGAUGCAGCCGGGGCUACUGCCAAAGUCUGUGCACCUUCCGGGGACAUGGACAGCAAUCUCUUCUCAGCCCUAUUGAAGUCUGA